CUCCUAUGGGCCCUGUCUCACGAUCAAUAUGGAUCGCGAUCCAGUAUCGUGAUCCAUAUUGAUGCAUGAUGCUCCACUCUCUGCUAUGCUACACCUUCAAUAUUUAUCGCGUCAUUAUUUUCAAACUUUUGAACUGUGCAAGUCGUUUUUAAAUAAGAAAAAUGCAAGAAAAUUCAAAAAGAGCGUGUUUAGCCAUAUUACUGGCAUUUUCAUUAAAAAAAAAGAAACAAAGAUGAAGUAUGGGAGUCGAAGAUGGUACCUGGAGCGGCAUAGGUACACUCAUUUGAGAUUAUUGGAUUCGAUUCGACUUUGCAAGGAAUUAAGCGACUACGAAAAUUACUUUCGGACCUCCACUGAAAGUUUCGACCAUAUUCUUGAAUUAAUCAGCCCAUAUAUAACUAAGCAAGAUACAGUUAUGAGAGCUGCCAUUUCGCCAACAGAAAAACUGGCGGUGACUUUGCAUUAUUUAGCAACAGGAAGGGAUGUACCCAAAUCUAAUGAUAUUUGUUCACAACUUAUUGUGAUUAUUUUACAGCUACUUUAAGCAGGUGCGGUAUACAGCGAUUAUGUCGCGGCAAGCAAUAAGCGAAGCGAUCAUGGAUACAUGUGAAGCUUUGAUAUACGCUCUUCGAAACUGCAUUAAAAUGACUAGUACAGCAGAAGAGUGGAGUAGUGUUUCUGAUGAAUUUCGUGUAUUACAUAAUUUUUAUAACUGCAUCGGCGCAGUUAACGGGAAACACGUAAAAAUAAAGCGUCCAAAUGGUUCGGGAGCGCUUUAUUAUAACUAUAAAGGAACAUACAGUAUCGUUCUUAUGGCUACUGCGAAUGUUAAAAAGGAAUUUGUCAUGGUUGAUAUUGGAUGCAAUGGACGCGUGUCUGAUGGUGGUGUCUUGUUUUACACUAAAUUCUGGGAGCGUUUGCAACAAAAUCGUUUAAAUAUACCGGAAUGGACACCAUUGCCAAACACCUCGAAAUCAUUCCCAUAUGUUUUUAUAGGAGACGAAGCUUUCGAGCUAGGCCCUAACUUUAUGAAGCCUUAUCCUCAAAAAAGAGUAUCACAAGAAGAACAAUUGUUUAAUAAACGGUUAUCGAAGGCUAGAUGUGUCAUUGAGUGUGUGUUUGGUAUCCUCGCCAAUAAAUUUGGAGUUUUCCAGAAAGCCAUAAGUCUCAGCCCGCAGAAAGCCGCAAAAGUGACAGCAGCUUGUUUUUAUCUCUAG